AUGCCGACUACGAGAAGCCAAGCCCCGGGAGCAGAGAAAAAGACCACGCGGGAAAAUGAACAGACAGAAGCGUCCCCUUCAGAAACCACGCAGAUGUCCGCGUCCGCCGCGCCGUCGAGCGCGCCACAGGCACAAGCCGCCCGCGCCGCGUUUACCUCGGACUCCGCACCGGCGCCACCGUCGCAGCCGCCGACGACAGAUGUACGUCCGGCCCGGGCCGCGUCGGUGCGAUCGCGCCGCUCCACCGCUAGCGGUAUAGCUAUAUUAAAGAGGCUGGAGUACGAGGCAGCGCUACAGAUGGCGAAAUUACAGGCUGAUUUAAUUAGAAAGAAGUUGGCAGCCGAUGUCGCCGCGGUACAUGAAGAGACUGAUAGCGUGUGCUCCGAGGAAGGUGCCGGCCUGCAACGUAUAACGGAUUGGUUUCAACAAAGAGCCAACAGAAAGGCAAGCUUCACCGCCGAGGACGCCGAAGCAAAGACGGAGGUCCCCGCUCCUGAAGCCGGGAUGCAAGAAGGAUUCACCCGGUUGGCCAAAGCUAUUGAACGAGCUGUGGACGAACGAGCGGAUAGGGUAGCGCCGAGGCAAGCCCAAGAUCUCCCGAUCUUCAGCGGCGAAGCAAGUGAAUGGCUAGCGUUUAAGGCGGCCGUAGACCAGUCUACAAAGACGUACAGGAUCACACCAGCGGAGAACCUGGCCAGGCUGAGGGCCUGCUUACGUGGAAAAGCGAGAGAGACAGUCGCAGCGUUACUCGUAUCCGCUACAGAACCGUCGCAGAUCAUGAGGACGUUGGAGCAGCGGUACGGCCGGACAGAGGCCAUCAUCGACCGCGCCCUCAAAGAUCUGAGAAGGAUGCCGGUAAUAGGAACAUCGACAACAGAGGUGAUUGACUUCGCCAUUAAACUACAGAACAUCACCACCAUCGUCGCGGAUAUCGACAGGGGGGCGAGAUUUCUACAUAAUCCCGCGCUUGAGAGUGAAGUGUCAGAGAAGCUGGCCCCUCACUUACAGGUCCACUGGUGUCACUACGCUGAAAAAAACAAGGAGGACACUAGACCUACGAUCAUCAAGAUGGCAGAGUUUUUAAUGAGCGAAGCCGAUCUCAUGACCCGACAUCUGCGAAUAGCAUCACCAACGAGACGAACGAGCGCGCUACCCACGAAGCAGCCCCCGAAGCAACCCACUAGGCAACCCAUACCGAAAGCAACGAUGUCGGCACCUCGGCGACAGAUGACGGAUCGUGGCGCGGCCGUAUACGCCGCCGUAGAAAAGAGCGAACAGAGUACCGAAUUUCUGUUGCGGCGCCGCACACCCACACCACGCCCUGCUGCACCCCCAGAAGAACCGCCGAAGCGGCAAGAGGACACCGCGAUUACAGCCGCAGCACGCUUGCCAGAGAACAGCCAAGUGUUGUUAAAGGUGUGUCCCAUCAUCGUGAAAGGCAAGACGGGACGCGAAGUAGAGACGUACGCGAUGCUAGAUGAAGGCUCGACGGUUACACUCAUCGAUGCGGAGAUCGCAGAACAGAUCGGAGCCGAAGGUCCGACGCGAUCUCUGAGAAUUCAGGGAGCGGCCUCGAGCUGGCACGAAGCCUCAAGCCGAGUGGCUGAUGUCAUCAUCAGAGGGCGACACCAUACGGACGAAGAACACUCGGUGAGGGCGCGUACGAUCCGGGAUCUCACCCUAGGAACGCAGCGAGUGAACCCGGAAAUACUCGCGUACGGACACCUGCGACAACUCACUUGCGAGCAAGUGUGCUACGAAGAUGCCAGACCCAAGGUCUUGAUCGGGUCAGACAACUGGCAUCUGAUUGUUACGCGGAAGCUGCUCACAGGAAGGCACAAUCAACCCGCAGCGUCGCUGACACGACUGGGAUGGGUCAUCCACGGAACGGUACCCAGAAGUGUCGUGGAAGACGAGGAACAUGUCCUCCACGUGCGGUUGACACAGCGCAACGCCGAGCCAGACAUGCGGCAUAUAGAGGGCAUAAUAAAAGCGCAUUACGACAUCGACGCGUUGGGUAUAUCGUCGAAGAGAUUACCCAUCGCUAAUUUGCGCGCCGUCGCCACAUUCAACCGCACAGCGACGAGAGUGGAUGGGCGAUACGUCGUAGGAUUGCCGUGGGAGAGAGAUAACGUCGUUCUACCUCCCAGCUACGACAUGGCAGCGAGCCGACUGAGGGGAAUAGAGCGGCGGAUGGAUCGCUCUACGGAAUUCCGGCUGGCGUAUACCGCGGAGAUAAACAAGUUGUUGGACAAGGGUUACGCCGAGAAAGUAACCGACGACCGGUUCAACAACGACCGCGCGUGGUACCUUCCCCAUUUCGGAGUGACGAAUCCGAAUAAACCCGGAAAGUGCGACUGUAUUCGACGCCGCGGCCCGUAA